GGUGCAUAUCCAUAUCGGUACCCUCUUUGCGAAAUUUACUGAAACGGUACCCUCUCCGAUCAUGCACAGGCCACUCUUUGCUGAAAACAAACAAUCAAUGGAUACUCAUACAGCUUAUUUUCCUUCUACUGAUGAAAAGAGGUAAGUCAUGUGGUAAAGUAGUGUACCACGGAACACUAGAAUGUUUUAUUUAUGUGUUGUUUUGUCAUGUGCCAAUUUUUCAAUUACUGCAACUUCAAAAUAAGCUUCAUAAAAUCGACAUGUCAUGCCUCGCUAUCGCCUCGACAUAUUUUGUCGGGCUGGAAUGAACGAGUUAUUUGAUUAUAUACGCACCAUGCAUGUUACAUGUGUUCAUUUAUUUAUCAUCUUUUGACAAACUGCAGUUAUUAGUCAAAAAUGAACGUUAAAUACAUAAAAACACCCUACUUUCGGUUUGACAGCGGCACGGGCUACCUCUCUGUGUUUAAAUUUUUAUGUCACAGGUAACCUCUCGCUCAUUUUUUUAACGCACAGGCACCCUCUAAGCGCAACACGUGGUUUUAUUUACGUUCCAUUUGUUGAACCGUUUAGUAUGCUUAUAAACACUAUGUUUUGAUAACAUUUAAAUAAGCGUAACUGAUUUACUAGUUGUUGGUCAUGUUUAAUGGCACAAAGUACAAAAGUUCAUAUGGAGACUUGCAUCUUUUAAUAGUUUUAUGGUGGUGGAGAAAGAUCUAUUUUGCCUCACGUUCAGUGUUCAGGAAAAUAAAGCAACAUUUAACAUCAAGCUUAGGAACCGCUUAGGAUUCCAACCGACUUAAGCCCCAACCAAUUACACCAUCAAAUCAAAAUGCAGCAGCAUUAAUAAGCAUUAUUAGUUAGUAAAAUAUGCAAGCUUUUUCUCCGGUUAUAUGGCAUUGUAAUACAUUGUACUGUGUUGUUGCAUCUUGUUACCACCACGAUGAUACACAUGAAGCACCAUAGUUAUCACAUUGUAUUUUCUUGUUUCAGAUAUGUAUACAUGGUAAUCAUAUGUAGAUGUUAAAGGACAGAUUUGGGAAAUGGAAUUCAACAGUUGGUUAAACAUCUUUGGGUUCAAGCCAUUGACUGAAAACGAUUCCUCGGAAGAAAGUGACCACAACAAUAACUUACUUAUUCCUGACAUACAAGACGUUGCUUUAUCCAAUGCGGUAGCUGAAUCUGCAGGUGAAACAGCCGAAGUAGUGUUGGAAGAAGAGAGUGUAAAUGAAGGCAAAACAGCUGUUUGUUUAGUGCUUCCGAAAGAAAGUGAUGAUAAAUUGGAGGAGAAAAGAAGUGUAAAAAGAGUUGAUACGAGUGUUUUUGGAGUACAUGGGGAAGAAAGUGUUGGCAAUGUUUCUGAAGAUCACGAAGAAAGCGUUGAUAAAGAUAAAGCUAUUGAUUUUGAAUUACAGGAAGAAAGACUUGAAGAAAGGGACGACACGUUAGGUAUGGAUGUAGUGCCCAGAGAUACUUUUCAAGAAAUAGGAGAAGUCACUGUUUCUACCAAUAAAAAAUCUUUUGAGUGUUCAAUUUGUAAUAAAACAUAUACUCUUAAGGCAAGUCUGAAAAGACAUAUGAAUGUUCAUAACACUGAAGGAGGGUUAAACUGUUCUGUGUGUGGAAAAACGUAUUACAUACUAUCCGCUUUUAACCAACACAAAAAAAUGCAUUCUACUGGACGUUAUAGAUGCAAAGUGUGUAGUAAAAUAUAUGUAACUAAACUAGGCUGUAAACGCCACGAGUCUACUCAUGAAGAUAAAUACACAUAUUAUUGCGAAGUGUGUGGGAAAAGUUUUAAUUACAAAAGUGAUUUAGUUGAUCAUACUGCAACGCAUUACAAUAGCAGACAUUUUAAAUGUGCAAAAUGUUCUCAGACUUUCAAAGCACGCUCAUGCCUUGUUCGACACAAAACAACAUGUGGCAUAAAUAAACAUAUAAAAUGUGAAAUUUGCGGAAGUAUGUUCAAAUCCAAUAGGUACCUUAAGGAGCAUAGCAGGAAGCACAAGGCAUAUGUGGAAUUACAUCAGUGUCCAAUAUGUGGGAAAACUUUCACACAUCAUAGCUCAUUGUACCGUCAUAAAAAGAAAGCUGGACACUACUGACAUUAAUAACUGAUAUAAACUGACGUUAUAUAAUAAGUUAAAAUGUUAUUUUUAAAGGCUGCCUUUUCCUUUUUGUUCGGUUAAAGUUUCGGUUUUUUUUCUAUACAAAUCCUAGUUAGUUUCUUUAAGAUUGUUCUUGUUCAAUAUUACGUUCUUUGCUUUGUUAUAAAAGUACGUAUAACAUGAUAUUUUGAUUAUAUUUUAGUGUGAUUUUUAUUGCAAUAGUGGAUAUUGCACUAAAUUUAAGAAACAUGCAAUACACAUAAUUAUUCCGUUUUAUGAUAGGAAUGCAAUAAUUUUUUACCACUCAUGUUUCAUUUAGUUCUUGUUUCAUUACCAUUUUUCAGUUAAUAGGUACAGUACAUCUAGAAAUGUUAUUUUAAUUGUGUUAAUGCUAGCCUUUUAGCUUACCUGAUCAGCAUGUGCUCAAUGACAGCUAUAGCUAUGACAUUCAGAAUAAUUAUUUGCAUAAUGAUUAAAAUGUUUAAAUUUUAAUACCAGUCAGCCUAGAUUUUGACCUAACGACUGUUAUCAAUGCCAUGUGUUCUGCCUUUUUGACAUUUAGACAGGUGAGCGAUAUAGGGCUAUCUU